CUUCUGCACAGUGUUACUGAUUAUCUGUCAACUCGUCUCAAAUAUGAAAUAAAAUUUGGGAGCGAAAAUGAUGGGAAUCAAAUUUGCCAGUUUGCUGGUGCUUAUCACUGCUGCAAUAUCGCAGUCAUCCUCACUGUAUACUCCCACAAAAUAUGAGGAUCGAUUGAUAGCGAAAGUCGUUGGCUACCGGUUACCGAACAAUACAGCUCCAAGGUUAUACACGCUAAAUCUGGAACCUCAUAUUGACGACGAAAAAUUCACUUUCGAUGGUACCAGCAGCACUGUCUUUGAAGUGCUUGAUCCAACAUGUAGUGUAACUUUACAUGCUUCGACAUUCAUUGAAAUCGAUAAGACGUACACUACCCUCAUCCACAGUGAUGGUACACUCGAGAAACCGAUCUUUCAAAGAUACAACGAAAAUCUUCAAUUCCUCAACCUGCGAUUCAGUCAUAUAUUGGAGCUUGGUAAUUACACAGUGAAAAUGAAAUGGAAGGUACACAAUACUCCAUAUUUGCGAGGAUUCUACCGAGCAGAGGACAAUAAUGUGGAUGGGAAAACUGAAUAUAUGGUAGCAACUCAUUUCGAACCCCUAGAGGCCCGAACUGCAUUUCCCUGCUGGGAUGAGCCUGCAUUCAAAGCUGAAUUUGAAAUAUCAUUGAAGCAUUACAAGAAUUACACAGCACUAUCUAAUAUGCCUAUAAAAGGACAAACGUCAACUGACGAUGGAAAGAUAUGGACGAGCUUUCAGAGAUCUCCAGUCAUGUCUACCUACCUGGCAACAUUUGUAGUGGUCCCUUACACUAGUCGUACCAAUAAUCAUGCAAAUAUAACAUUUUGGGUUCCGUCAGAUAAACUGUCAUCUGUUGCAAUUGGUUUCGAAUUUAGUCCUAAGCUUGUCAGUGCGUUGGAACAUUAUACAGGAAUGCCUUAUUCUUUACCUAAAUUGGACGCUGUUUACGUUCCUCAGUACUCCUCUGCAGCUACUGAACACUGGGGUCUCAUCGCCUACUCUAGUCGUAUCUUAGUCGAUCCUGAUGUUGCCACUUAUCGGGAACGGAAUGCUGCCAUAUUAUUAGCAGCCCAUGAAAUUACUCACCAGUGGCUAGGAAAUUUAGUUACCCCUGCAUGGUGGAGUGAUCUUUGGUUGAGUGAAGCUUUCGCUGUAUACUUGGGAACCAAAAUAGUGGAUAAUAUAAUCCCUAAUUUUCACGCUAUGGAUCUCUUUACUGUUGAAACAGUUAAUGAUGUAUCAUUCAAGGCAGAACGAUUGUACUUCAAACCACAUCCCAUUAGAUGGGUACCCGAUUCCCCGCAGGAAGUUGGCGAGGUUUUCUCUCCAGUGACUUAUCGGAAAGGGGCCGCUGUAGUGCGGAUGUUGGAGCACAUAAUAACAGAAGAAGCAUUAUGUCUUGGCAUCCAAAAAUACGUAGAUAAACACCAAUUUGGGUCCGUAGAAACAAACGAUCUAUGGCGAAAUCUUCAAGAAGGCUACAACGAGAUGAAAGUAUCACCUCAUUUAAAUAUAAAAGAAAUAAUGAAUCCCUGGCUGGAACAAAGAGGAUAUCCACUGCUGAAGGUCACGCGGAAUUACAAGACAGGAAUUAUUAGUAUUACACAAAGUGAUGGCGAAAAUUCCGAAUCAGGGAAUCUUUGGACGAUUCCGAUAAACUAUGCAACAACUUCACGACCAGAUUUUUCAUCCACCCGACCAAUGUACUUUAUGAGACGUGCGAAUCAUAGUCUCGUACUUGAUCGAAUCGAUAGAAAUGAUGGGAUAAUUCUGAAUAUUCAACAGACUGGAUUCUAUCGCGUCGAUUACGACUGGGAGAAUUGGAAACGUAUCAUUGCAUACUUGAACUCGGAGAAUUAUCACAAAAUCCACGUGUUGAAUCGUGCACAAUUGCUCAAUGACGUCGUAUAUUUUUCUGAAAGAGACGAACGCUAUUAUGAGUUACUGGUCGAUAUGGCUAUGUACUUACGCAGAGAAACGAAUUUGUUACCUUGGAUGGCUAUUAAGAAAGUCGUAGACCAAUUUACAAAAACUUCGAUGCACCGCGCCAACUUCGACUAUAGAAAUUUUUCCUUAUAUAUUAUGAAAAAUGUAGUAGAUCUUAUUGGAUUCGAAGAUCGUCCAUUUGAGGAUGAUAAUCUGGUGUAUUUGGCUAGGAGUCGACUGUUGUCGUUGGCCUGUAAUUUAGGUCAUGAGGGAUGCCGAGCCAUAUCUCCAACAAAAUUGAUGGACAUUUCAAGUGGCAAAAUUAGGAAAUCGUAAGUUGUUCAGAAGAAACCAUAACUUCUGAAUUUCAUACAACGUUGAAAACCAAAGCAGAAUCAAUGCACAUCACCUGCUUGUCAAGGUCAACAACUCGACACCAUAAACAAUUAUUUUAACGAUACAUUGCGAUGAACACCAGAAGAGCAAAACUGUCUGAGUGCAACCAAAAUAAUGUUUAAAAUGUGCAUCAAUCAGUUCCGUUAUAGCUCAAUAAGUUCCUGUCUCUUAAUGAGAAGAUAUAUGUGAAAGCCAUCUGUUAUUAUUUAGUCGUUUUCUUUGCACUGAAAAAAUAGAUUUGUUAAUUCGUUGAA